AUGCAUAAAACAUCUUUGCAUGCUGGUUUACAGAUAAUGCUCUCAAGAGUUAGAGAAAAAUAUUGGAUCUGUGGAGCAAGACGACUCAUGAAGAAAAUAAUAUCACAAUGCACUAUCUGUCUAAGAUUUAAAGCCAAACAUUUGGAGACUCCUCCCGCAUCCUUACCAAAAGAUAGAAUUAUCAAUUCAGCAGCAUUCCAAAUUACGGGCAUCGAUUAUGCUGGACCAUUAUAUCUCAAGAAUGUUCAGAAUUUAUCGACGCAUGCUUUUUUGAAUGCACUUCGUAGAUUUAUAGCACGCAGAGGAAGAGUCUAUACCAUUUACACAGAUAAUGGCACGAAUUUUCAUGAAACUAAUAAUAAACUCAGAGAAUUGAAUUGGGAAGAAAUUCAAGAUUCUUCAUCCAUUCAUAGGAUCAAUUGGAAGUUCAUACCUCCUUCAUCUGCUUGGUGGGGAGGAUUUUGGGAGCGGAUGUCUGAUGAGAGUAGUGGCUGUCUUCCUAUCGAUGUCAAGAUUAGUUAUUUGAUCGUGGGCUUUGAUUUUUAA